CCCGUGCACGAGCCGUGCGUGCUGUGACGUCACCAGGCUUUAGUGCCACCAGUGUGGAGUUCAGACGGCGGCGCGUCCACGAAAAGGAACACGAUGGCUUCCCGCCGCGGAGGCUCGUCUUCUUUCUGACGUCAAAUUCCUUCAUCGAGACUCAACAACGUCGACUCAGUCUUUGUUACAACUCACCGCGGACACCAACAUGUCGGCCAGGGCCGCGUCCAGGCGCCAGUCAUGCUAUCUAUGCGACCUGCCCCGCAUGCCCUGGGCCAUGAUCUGGGACUUCAGCGAGGCGGUGUGCCGUGGAUGUGUCAACUACGAAGGAGCCGACCGGGUCGAGUUCGUUAUCGAAACUGCCCGCCAGCUCAAGCGAGCCCACGGGCGAGCUUCGCACCCGGGUAAGGCAACGCUCUCCGGGAAGGACCUCCACCACUCAGCCGGGGAGCCCGCCUCCCGCCCGCCGCAGCCCCUGGACCGCUACCCCCUGGCCGACAGGCCGCCCCGUCUGGGCCCGGAGUACCAGGCGGUGCGGUUGGCCAACGGGCUCCCGUUACCGAGCGUCUUCCCCAAACCCGACGAGCCACCGGAGCUGAACCGUCAGAGCCCCAACCCUCGCAGGACGAGCGCCGUGCCGCCCAGUUUGAUACCGCUGGUCAACGUCGGCGUGGUGGCCGUACAGCCGUUGAACGGCCGCGCAGCCCAGAUGACCCAGCCUGCGGUUCUUGUGGACAUGAAAGAGAAAAACAUGGCGGACAAAGAGUGUGCGAGCAAGGGCAAGAGCGUGCGCGAGCUCAUGGCACUGCACUCCCUGGACAGCAGGUUGAAGAAGGAGCACGUGACUAUGCCGAGGAUGAUGGGAUAUGAAGGCCCCGCCUCCUCGUCCAAGACAGACAGGGGGAAGCACCCUCGCAGCAUGAAGAGGAAGGCGUCGCCCGAGCCGGACAGCGAAGGCUCCACCCCCAAGCUGAAUGGUGCAGACGGUCAGCCGUGGCUGCCAUCCGCAUCUGAGGUCGCCAAGAUGCCCCCCGCCGCGCUGCCGGGAUUUUCAUCCGCUCCCCCUUCCGCCGUCUCCCCCCAGUCCCACAGUGCGCCCCCUGAGGCCACCACAGCUCAGAACUCUCACUCCCCGAUGGCCGCACUUAUCCUCGCCGCUGACAACGCGGGCGGUGUAGGCUCACCCAAAGAUGGCUCUCAGGUGCACUCCACAACAGCAGGCGCACGACAGAACAGCAGCAGUCCCUUGUCGCCCUCCUCUGCGUCCCACAGGAGGCCAUCCCAGAGGGACGGUCCCGGGAGCGCUAACUCUGCGGAGCCACACACGGUACCGCCUCAGAGCAACCUGGACUCAUCGGUAGUGGCCGGCGGCGUGCCGCUAUGCUGCACGUUGUGUCAUGAGCGUCUGGAAGACACGCACUUCGUACAGUGCCCGUCGGUGGCGUCGCACAAGUUCUGCUUCCCGUGCUCGUGUGAGAGCAUCAAGCAGCAGGGCGCCAGCGGCGAGGUGUACUGUCCCAGCGGCGAGCGCUGCCCGCUGGUGGGCUCCAACAUACCGUGGGCAUUCAUGCAGGGUGAGAUCGCGACCAUCUUGGCCGGCGACAUCAAGGUCAAGAAGGAACGGAAUGCUUGAAAUGUUCUUUUGGUUACCGUGGCGACCAUGGUAUUUUUGUUUUUCACGACUUUGUUUGUACCAUUUUUUGAAGAAUGUGAGCAAGCACUUGCCAAUAAAAGCAAACUACUCUGUAC